AUGAUGAAGACAUCAAGAAUGAUUUGGCUCUCCAUCCUGUCUGUCAUCGGCCUCGACGGCUUUAUCUUCUUGAUUAACAUCCUGUUCGAAUACGUUCACAAAUUGGAUGAUUUCCCAAGCAACCUCAUCUCCGGAACUAUAACCGCAGGCUUUCUGGUCUCCCUAACUUGCCUCUACUUUAUGACAGCCGCACGCCUCGUGAUUAAGGAGAAGAAGCAGAAGGAACUCAUCCGUCUACUCAAAUUUGAUUCGGUUCUCAAAAACAGAGUCCUUGAGCUGAAGAAGCACAAAGGAGGCCCCUCCUUCCCUGCGGCGGCGGCGGCUUCCGUCGAUCGAAUGGAGACAUCGGAGAAGAUUUGGAUCGCCAUUCAACUGUUUAUGAUGCUCUGUUAUGUCGUCGACAAGGGCUUGAGUGUGUGGUUGAACAUCUCGUUCGGGUUGGCAGAGGAGUUUCCGUCAUACCUCAUCUACCGAUGUACGACGGCAUUGUUUCUGUUCUACGCAGCUCGUCCGUAUAGAAUGAUAUCCCAACUCGUGGAGAAGAAGCAGGAUCAACUUAAUCGUCUACUGCCUGAUCCAAUUGUCAGAAACAGAGUCCUUGAGUUAGAGGAGGAGAAGAAGAAGAAGAAGAAGACCUCCUCCUUCGCAGCUUCUUUCGACCCUGAGAUUGCUGCCAACUUUUUGUUCGCAAUUUCAUUAUCAUCAUUUAUGUUUUGUUGCGACUAUUUUGCUGAUGACAUUCGGUCCGCUUUAGGGAUUGUUUAG